UUGCUCAGCAAGCUAGCUGACUUUCUGGAUAUAUGUGGGGACUUCAGGAAUGAGAUGAUGGUUCGAAGAUUCGUCUUAAUAAAACACAAGGCAUGGUAUGGAGAAACUCACCCAGACACUGUAAUAUCAAUGGACGACCUGGUUGUUACGCUUGGACGUGGAGGAGAGCUGCAAGAAGCGCUACCGGUGAAGCAAGCUGUGCUAGCUAAGCGGCAGCAGAUCCUCGGCAAGGACCAUCCUGACACCUUGAGAACGAUGCACGAUCUGGCGGCGACGCUC